AUGCAGCUCGUCACCUUUUGGCGCUCGACCAUCACAUCCUGGCAAAGUGUUCCGAGUUUGUUUGAGUUAUCAGAGGGGUCACUCUUAUACCUAACCCCCGCCUGCACGCAUGCCACUCGGAAUAUGCUUUUUUUCCUUCCCCAUACGAACUAUGGUACCACGAUAAGCCCUUGCAAUAAUAUCCGCUCUCCAUGUGCUCGGAUUAUCCGACUCAAUAAACAUCUCUAUGUCUUGCUGGAUCGUAUGAUGAAGUGA